AUGGCGUGGAGAGCGUCUAAAAAAAACUUUGUGGGCUUCAGAGCUAACAAAGGCGAAAACUUGUCCAGUUCUGCAUCACAGCCACCACCUCAGAACUACCCAAAAUUAUCGUUCACUCCUUUACCACUUAGAACAGAACCUGAAUAUGACUACAUUCUCAAAUUAAAACAAGACCAUAGGCAGUAUUUUAAAGAUUCACAAUAUUAUCUAAAGAUUGAAACAUCUAGGAAAGAUAUAGAUAGAUACACAGAUAAAUAUAGCUCCUCAAAUGCAUCCGACUGGCAGCCUGAUUUCUCGCAGUUGCCAAAAGAGUUACAUACAAAAUGUAUAAAAGGAAAAAGAAAAAAUGCCAAUCGGCAUUCAAAAGUGGAUGUCGUAGACAUUUUACAAAAACUAGAAUCAAAUGAAGAGGUGAUAGGUGAUGAGGAAGACGACGAAUCACCAUCUAAAAAAACUAAACCUGAUGAUGAUGAUGAUGAUGACGAAGAAGAAGAAGAGGAGGGAGAGGAAGAUGAGGAUGCCGAAGAGGAGAACGAUUAUGUGGAAAAUUAUUUUGACAAUGGGGAGGAUUAUGGUGACGAAUCUAAUGGUUCAAAUGAUGAAGCAACGUUUUGA